AUGGCGAGCUGCUGGGUGCUGGUGCUGGCGGUGCUGGGGGGGGCCUGCGCCCUGCCCGCCCCGGCCCCCCUCGCCUACACCCAGGUGCUGGCGCAGGCCGUGGACUCCUUCAACCAGCGCCCCGACGUGCAGAACGCCUUCAGGCUGCUCAGCGCCGACCCCGAGCCCGCCCCGGGCAUCGACCUGAGCACGCUGCGGGCGCUCAACUUCACCAUGAUGGAGACAGAUUGUGCCCCGGGCUCGCGGGUGCCCGCCGACGACUGCGACUUCAAGGAGAACGGGGCCAUCAAGGACUGCUCGGGGCCGGUGACGUUCCAGCAGGGCACCCCCGACGUCGACCUGCGCUGCGCGGACGCCUCCUCCGACCCCGUCCUCAUCCAGCGGGGCCGAUUCGGCCGCUUCCUGGGCAGGAUCCGGCGCUUUCGACCCAGGGUCAGCAUCCGUGUGCAAGCCCACGGCACCAUCCGCUUCGGCUGA